AUGGGUAACCCAAUUCCUGCGCGAGCGUUCGCCGGAGACGAAGGCGAAGGAGAACGAUUCCAGACGAUGAGCUCGAUUGCAGCAACCUGCAAAGAAGAGUACUUUAUACGGGUCGCCGGGGAACUGCGACCCGUUCCGACCAGGAACGAGCAAGACGAAGGUGGACCCAGUCCCAGACACGCUAUACUUUAAAUGACUUACAUACCCCCAAUUCCCAUCUAAAUUCCCGACAACUUUCGGCCUAAGUGGGGUUAUCUUUGUUUCUUCCAUAUGGGUAUUUGUGUCAUAUUCCAUGGUGGCAAGGAUUGAUGAGGUCGUUGCUCGUGCUGGGCUGCAUGUUUCCAAGAUGACGAAGGGAUGGCUGUAGUCUCCUCUCUAGGGGUUUUUUAAAUCUUCAUAAAUCGGAUAUAUCUGAGCUAUUUUUGCUCUAUUAUUAUUAUUAUUAGUUAUAAAUAUCUACGUCAUCGAAUUCUUGGUUGACCGGGCAGCCAACAAGGAAUCUGAGCCGGAUAACAGAAGAAGUAUGAGUUGA